AUGGUGAAUUUUCAACUCUCCGGAUAUGGCAUGAAUAGGUACCUCAGCGUCCUGGGAUCUGGAGUUUUCAGAAAUUGGGCAUGCAGAGACCACCUUGAACGGGUGCUCUCCAGCAUUGACCCCUUUCCCCUCUCAGACCUCCAAGCCGCCUACAGCAAUAUUGACCUCUCCAAUCUAGCCUUCCACAUGUCUCCCGUUAAGGGUAUACUGGUGUCGAUGCCUGCCGAGGGAUUUCGAGAUUGCCGUCCUGGACAACCCAACCACACUGACCCUAAAAAUAUUUUCACGACUUACCCACACUAUCAGACUCAAAGUCAAUCAGAAGACGAAAAGCGAGAGUUUUCGUAUCAUCCGAAGAUUCGAGAUGUUGUCCUCACGCUGUCGCUCGUCUAG